AUGAUAGGAAAGGAGAAAAUGGACGCUACGCUGUCCGAGAAAGCUGUAUCGCAACCGCCAUUCGGGACAGCUGCCGAGCGAGCCCGACGCAGUCUCAAUGCCAAACUCUCCAAUCCAUUAGCUGGGUUCAGCCAUACAGAGCUACGGAAUCAGGGGCGCACGUUUGCUGAACUUCACGAGAUGGGCGAUGAGUCCGAUAUCCGUGCUUUCGAGCUGGGUGCUGUGCUUGCACAGUCUCCAGAACGAUAUGUAAAUGUCACUGGUCUAACAAACCAGGAGAAGAGAGUAUUGGGCCGGGAAUUCACGCAUCGCUGGUCACAACCAUGGAAAAUGUAUGCUGUCAUUACAUUAUACCAAACGGUGGUCAACGGAGCCCAAAUAUUCUACAAACACCAAUUCGGCAUCGGCGAUGACUCCUCUCGAAGUGCCUGGCUCGUCGGUCUAGUUAACUCAGCACCAUACCUCUGCUGCGCCUUAAUCAGUUCCUGGCUAACAGUACCAUUCAACCACUGGUUCGGCCGCCGCGGCACAAUUUUCAUAGCAUGUGCCUUGUCUGCGAUAACAUGUCUCUGGCAGGGAUUUGUCGCAACCUGGUGGGCGAUGUUUGUUGCACGAUUCAUGCUAGGCUUCGGCAUCGGCCCCAAAUUAGCAACUGUGCCGAUAUACGCCGCCGAAACGGCACCUCCGUCCAUCCGUGGAGCAUUGGUCAUGCAGUGGCAGGUGUGGUCGGCUUUCGGGAUUAUGGUCGGCUAUGCAGCGGACCUCAUCUUCUACAAUGUCCACUCGAGUACCAUCGUCGGCCUGAAUUGGCGCUGUAUGAUGGCUUCGGCGAUGUUCCCAGCUCUGGUCGUUUGCUGUUUUGUCUUUACUUGUCCCGAGUCGCCGCAUUGGUACAUGCGUCAGAAGCAGUAUUUCCGUGCUUACAGGUCGAUCUGUACGCUGCGGAAUCAUAAAAUCCAGGCAGCUCGUGACCUGUACUACAUGCAUACCCUGCUGGAGGCUGAGAAUAAUAUGAAUCUUGGGCGUAACAAGAUGCUGGAACUGAUUAAAGUCCCCCGAAACCGCCGAGCAACGUUGGCAUCUCAGAUUGUCAUGUUUAUGCAGCAAUUCUGUGGCGUCAACGUUAUUUCAUACUAUUCUUCCGAGAUAUUUCUCGAGGCUAAAUUUUCUCCACCGGCCGCUCUAGCCGCUUCAUUAGGCUGGGGACUCAUUAACUGGCUCUUAUCAAUACCGGCAAUCUACACAAUCGACAUAUUUGGUCGACGCAAUCUCCUGUUACUCACCUUCCCACUCAUGUCUAUGGCAAUGUUAUUCACAGGGUUCAGCUUCUGGAUCCCAGAGAGCAGCCACAGUGCACGUCUCACCUGCAUUGCUUUGGGGGCAUAUCUUUUCGGCGUAGUCUACUCACCGGGUGAGGGACCCGUGCCGUUCACAUACACGGCCGAAGUAUACCCGUUGUACGUCCGGUCAUACGGAAUGGCACUAGGCACGGCAACGAUGUGGUUCUGCAAUUUUAUUCUGGGCAUGACGUGGCCAUCUCUGCGCGCUGCAUUUACAAUACAGGGGGCAUUUAGUUGGCAUGCAAGCUGGUGUGUGGUUGGAUGGUGGAUGGUACUUUUGUUUAUGCCAGAGACGAAGGGGAAGACCCUUGAGGAGUUGGAUCAGGUCUUUUCCGUGCCGACGAGGUUGCAUGCGCGGUAUGGGUUGAGGCAAAUUGGGUAUUUCUUUAACCGAUAUUUGUUGCAGAGGGAUGUUAGACCGGAGAUUCUUUAUGAGAGGGAGGAAUUGGUUAAGGUUCAAGAUGUUGGAUUUAAUGCUUGA